CACAAAGCUUGCUCAUGGAGAGGGGGCAGACCGAGUAAGUAUAUAUUGUGGGGAAAUGCAUUUCCUGCCUUCAAAUAUACCCUUCAAGUAGCAUCUUUUGGAUACCUUUUUUCUCUCCAACAAGCACCCAAAUGUGUGUUGCUCUGUGUUAUAAGAAGUUGCCAGGAUUGCACAAGAGUACAGAUCAACCAAACUCAAACAAAAAGAAAACCAAACUAGUCUACCAGAAGAAACAUGCAAAAAUGGAGGAAAAGGCAGAUCAACCGAACUCAAACAUGCUGCGGCCGAGCGUGCAGCAGUAGGCAUCUGAGUGCCUUCGCACCAGCCCUCACAAGAUUGACUCGGCACCAGCAUGAUGAUUGGAUCCUUGAUGAAGAUACAAAGGCACUCCAUUUUCUUCAGCCAGAUCUGGUGCUUUUUACAGGUGAUUAUGGCAACGAGAAUGUUCAACUUGUCAAAAGCAUUUCGGAUCUUCAGUUUCCAAAGGCGGCAAUUCUUGGUAAUCAUGAUUGCUGGCGUACACAUCAAUUUUCAGAGAAGAAGGUAGAUCGUGUCCGGCUUCAGCUUGCAAGCCUUGGUGAGCAGCAUGUUGGAUAUCAAUGUUUGGAUUUUCCAACAAUAAAGCUGAGUGUUGUUGGUGGGCGACCAUUUUCUUGUGGGGGUGACAGGUUAUUUAGACCAAAGCUUCUGUCACAACGGUAUGGUGUCGAUGAUAUGGCAGGAAGUGCGAGGAAGAUAUACGAUGCUGCUACAGCUGCACCAGAGGAGCAUUCUGUCAUACUACUUGCACAUAAUGGACCAACAGGUCUAGGUUCAAGAAUUGAUGAUAUCUGCGGGCGGGAUUGGGUAGCUGGCGGUGGCGAUCAUGGCGAUCCAGAUCUGGAACAGGCGAUAUCUGACCUGCAAAGAGAAACUGGGGUUUCGAUCCCGCUGGUCGUGUUCGGGCACAUGCACAAGAGCUUAGCCUACGGGGGAGGCCUCAGGAAGAUGAUCGCCUUCGGAGCCAACAACCAGACCAUAUAUCUGAACGGAGCGGUCGUGCCUAGGGUGAAGCCUGCAGAAGCAAUGAACCCCUCCACGAUCUCCACCAGCGAAAGAGAUGAGCUCCAAGAAUCGGCAUCCGUGGGGCCCAUGUCACGGGCGUUCACCACUGUCGACCUCUUCGACGGCACCGUCGAGAAGAUCUCUGAGGUCUGGGUGCUGGUGAGCGGGGCCCAGGCUGAGCUCGAGGAGGAGACUGUCCUGUACAAGCGACCUUGUGAGCAUAUGUGACGUCUAGGCUGGUAUGAAUAAUGCUGUAUGUAAAUGUGAUGUGGCGGUGCUGGAGCUGUUGAGGUGUGCGAGUUGCUGUGUAUGGACGAGAGUGCGUGACACUGGGAUUGGGGAAGUCAGUAUUCCCGGAGGCCUUCAA